AGAAGAAGAGCUGCGAAUCAUGGGAAUUGUAGUCCAAGUCAUGGCGUGUCUCUGCGCAUUCAGCAGUAGCUGUACGGAUCCCUCCUGUAAUUCAUACCGACUACUACCAUCCCAGCAUGCGCAACUGACGGACGCAUAUGGCGGAGAGCUAUGACUGAGGAUUUUGAUGAAGAAGUUGUUUUCGAGAACUCUCCGCUGUUCCAGUACUUGCAGGAUCUAGGACACACAGAUUUCGAGGCAUGUUCUCCCGUUCCUCAGGAGGAGGAGCCAAGCGCCGGCGGAGAGGAGGCAGAGUUUCCUCAGGAUAUCCUCUCUUCCCACAGAAAGGGUGGCGUUCGGAGGCUGGUGGACGCCCUGCGCGCUCUGAAUCCUCUGCGUGGAGACAGCGCCGCCCGCUGGCAGGAGCAGCAGCUGGACGCCGUCUUCCGCCAGUAUUCCCUGCGCUGUCUGUUAUCUCAGGAUGUGCUGUUGCAGGAGGACGUUGAGCUGAUCGAGCUCCUGGAUCCGAGCGUGCUCUCUCUGGGCUGCGCCGAUACCGUCUGUCCCAGCGCCAGCGCUUCCGUGCCGGCGCCGCGCUACCUCUCGCCGCCCUCUCUAAGGGACGUGUCGGUCCUGGUCGGGCUGCUGGCCGUCUUGCUCGGCGCGUGUUUUUCGUACCCCGACAGCGGGCGGGCUCUGUGGCUGUGCGUCGCGCUGGUGGGCGUCGCCUGCGCGUUUCGGGGGCUGUCCCUGCGGCGUAAGGCCGUCCUGCGGCGGCACGUCCAGUCUCUGGCCGUCCAGCUCGAGGCUUUGGUGAACAACAGCCGAGCGCUGACCAGUCUCUCUCGCAAGUCGCUGCGGCUCAUACAGGAGACAGAAGUCAUCUCGCGAGGGUUCACUCUUUUACUCGACAGGGUGAGUGGCGCCUGUCCCUUUAACAGGGCGGGGCAGCUUCGCAGCCAGCAGCUGAUUGGUCUACGGAAGGCGGCCUAUCAGAGUCUCCGCUGCGCGUUCCGAGCCUCUCGCCUCGCCACGUGCGUCAUGCUCAAGUCGUUUCCGCUGAACUCGGAGAUCGACAAUGUCACCAACUAUGUGUCCACCGUGCCAAUCAGAGAGCUUGGUCUCGGUCUGGGGGUGGAGCAUCUUUCUGACGACCAGGCACAAGAACUGACCAAUGAUUACAGUCUGCCUGCGCUCAAGAUGCUGUUCCAGCUGUGGGUCGGCCAGAGCUCCGAGUUUUUCCGGCGGUUAGCUUUGCUGUUGUCUCCGGGGAGGGAGGAGCUAGACUCCAGACCCAGCCCCCUCACUUACAGCAGCGUCCCGUUGAUCACCGACUCUCUCCAUCGCACGCUGGCCGCCUGCCUCGGCGAUCUCCAGCGCAGCUUCGAUUUCCACCGCUACUUCGAAACGCAGCACCAGUCGCUGCCCGCGGAAAGAAACGGACGCGCUCAGCAGAAGUGCAGAGAGCUCAAUGCUCUGCACACGUCCGUCCGCAGUUUACAACUUCACCUGAAAACGCUCUUAAACGAGGUCAUUAUUCUCGAGGAUGAUCUGGAAAAGUUAAUGGUUGCCAAGGAGACGGAUGAGAUGACGUGUGCGGGCUAUCAGGAGCUGAAGGAGCGUCUGCAGCUGCUGCAGCCUCACAUGCAGGCCAGCACCUGCUGCUGGGACGACACGCUCGCGCAGGUCGACCGCAUGCUACGUCGAGUCUCCAGCCGCCCAGAGAGCUCGGAUCAGCCGGAGGAAACGGCCGUCCCAGAUCCCCCUCCUCCUGCCCCCGUUAAACACAUACAGGACAGAGACCCCGUCCCAGAGGAACAGGAGCUGGAGGCAUACGUCUCGGACUCGGACUCGGAGACGGAGUGGGGAGGGGCCGCGGUCACGCUGUCGCCAUGGGAACAGGAGCGCCAGCGUCGUGAACGCGACGAGUCCAGACGGGUUUUACUCGAGCUCAAAUCCGUCCUGGGAAUACGGACUUCAGACGGAGAGAGGGACAAGCGCAAGCUUCUGCUGUUCAGUGAUCAGGCUGCUCUGGCUCCGUUUGAUAAGGACGCGUCAGAAACGGACACGAACUCUUUAGAAGCGCGUAUUUCAGCGGAGCCGGCGACGGAAAAUCACGUCUCCCAACAAGCGGAAGAGGAUGAACGUGAACGGCAGACUGAGGUUCUGAGCCGGCCGGAGAGAGAGGGAGAUCCUGUCACCGAGUUUUGCUGCGGAGACGCCGAGGUAACCGGGGCGGCUGAAGAGACUGUGGAGGAAACGCAGCUCUUCCAAUCGGACGGGCUUAUAGAUGAAGGGCGUGGCGGGACACGCCCCCUCACGCCCAGAGCGCCCACCCUCUCCGUGAUUGACAGACUGACGGAGCUGCACGGCCCCGACGCGAUCAGUUUCAGCUCUGCCCUGGCCGCCCAGGUAGCGGCGCGCUCGCACGCGUUCACGCACAUGCAGGAGUGCACCUACGAGGACUCCGAGGAGGAAGAGGAAGUGACCUCGCCCCAGACCAGAGAAACCCAAGAGGACUGAAACAGCAAGCUAUUUAUUCUCAUCCUUUUGGUUGUAUUUAUUAAGCUUGAUUUCAGGUCACAGACGUCAUUGGAUGUAGCUGGUGUGUGCGUGAAUCUGUUUGUGUGUGUGUGUGUGUGUGUGUGGUGGGGGGUUAUGUUUCAUGUGACAUCCCACGUCCACUCUCUUCAUGACGGGCCUCAGGUACAGACUGGCACAUGCUAGUACACAAAAAUAACAGACCAAAACCUAAACAUUAACACGAACCCACAUGUGCUCGGCCAUUCACUGUAACAGAGGUCCUGCACGGAUUGACCUGAACUAGCUCUUAAAGAGUAGGUUUUAUUCGGUGUACCCUGCAAAUGUAUUUGACCCCAACGGGGAAAAAGUCUAUUUUAGCACACUUAAGAUUGUGGUUUUUUUUUUUGCUUCCAUUUUCAUGACGAGUCACUUUUUUUUCCAAAUUAAAGCGCAUUCUUUUUACCACAAUAAGAAACAAAUUUGUUCGAUUAAAGUAGUGUAAUGCAAGAAAUCCUGUGCAUUUUUGUGGCUUAAAAAUUUUUUUUUUUAAAUAUAUAUAUAUAUAUAUAAUCUGAAUAUAUUUUGCAAAAAUAAGACUAUUUUCCCACCUUACGCUAAAGACUGUUUCAUUUAAUUUUAAAUUGUACUGUGAAUGGAUUUUUUUUCCUAUUACGGUUAAUGAGACUGUCCCCUUUAAUGUCAUAAUGUAAUAUUUUCAGUUGCGAUGAAAUGAGAAUAUAUUUUUUUGCCUCAUAAUUGUUGUAAUGACAAUAAGAUUCUGCCUUUUUUUUUUUUUUUUUUAAAGAGAAAAAUAUCGCCACAAAUCAAGAUGAAGAAAAUCAUAAUUAGCAUAAUGGGCAGAAUCUAUUAAUAUCGUUAUGUGUGUGUGUGUGUGUAUAUAUAUAUAUAUAUAUAUAUAUAUAUAUAUAUAUAUAUAUAUACACACACACACACACACACAUCAGCUUGGUAUUAUGCAUUUCAACAUUGUCAUUAGUGUGAUGGCAAGAAAAAAAUAUGAAUACAUCUGCCCUUUAUACUAAUUGUUCAUUUUUAUUUGUGGAAGUACAUUUUUUAUUUUUUUUUUUAAAUCAUAAAAUGAUAAUAUAUGGAAUUAUGGAGUAAUGAGGAUACUGGAUAAAUAAUGCCAAGCGAACAAUGCACAAGAUCUUACUUGUACCAUAAAUGGGCUCCAUUUCUUUAUGAUUUGAUUAGACUUAAUUUUGCGAUUCGCCUCAUGAAUUAUAACAAAAAGACCAAGUUAACCCCCACAUUGGAGCUGGUAUGCUGUCCAAAAAAAAAAAAAAAAAAAAAAAAGACGGGAUCUCUCCUGCAGUGAAGCCUCCAUUUAAUAAGUUUUUUUUUUUUUUUUUUUUUUUGCGAGGCCGUUCUUUAGGGAAAUAAAUAGCUGCCCUGAUUUCAUUUCUGCAUCAGACUUUUGUGAGUUUCUGCUCAGGCACAGCCGGAGUCACCACGGGGUUAUCGCUUUAAAGCGACUACAAAGCGUUAAAAGCCGAAGUUUGAAGCUUUUUCAGAAAUCCAGCGUUAUCGAAAUGUUAAGUUUCGCUCGGUUUUUCGGCCCCGAUUAAACGCAAGCAGCAAAAAUAAUUAUUUUUCCACAAAUGCUGCUGCCUCGUCCUUUCACACAAAAAGCCGGUUUUAAACGCAGACUUCAAAUGCUUGCGGAAAAGGCACGACGCUGGCUUGACUCGCCUCAAACGAGCUUCCCUUGCCGCGCUUUUUCAGCCACACUUUAACGUUAUAACGACACCUAGAAUGUUAACGACAACGUUGAUCGAACCGGAGAGCAACAUCUUAAAUGUAGCGACGUUUGUGCGUGAACCACACGUUUUUCUGUCUAACGUUAACUAACCUUCCUUCAUGCAUACGUGCAUGACUCUCGGCUUCUCCUCGGCCUCUCACGCGUCUCCUGUGCGUUUGUCCUCACUCGACACCGGUUUUGCCUUCUCUAAAGGUUAAGGUUUUUCCUCAAGUCCAAAAGUGGCAAUCUUGCAUUUCGUUUGUGAAAUAAAGUACGUGUACUUUG